GUUGAUAGAUCUCAGCAUUUCAUUUAGGAAAAAGUCAGCCUGUUUUUCUUUUAAUAAAUAGUUCUUUUUUUGAAAACUCUAAAUAAUGGUGGGCGCAAUGCCUGUUAAUUUAAUACCAAAAUUUUGUAACGGUACCAUGGACAGUCAUAAUGGUACAGAGGAUCUCGAGUUUCAAGUUCACAUCGGUAGUCGUGUGAAGUGCAAUGAUGAUUUUGGUACUGUGAAAUAUAUUGGUGAAGUGCAGGGAUACAAAGGAACCUGGUAUGGUGUGGAAUGGGAUGAUCCAGCUAGAGGCAAGCACGAUGGUUCAGUGGAAGAUGUCCAGUAUUUUAAGACUUCAAAACCUGGCGCUGGCUCCUUCAUCCGCCCAAACAAGAUAGCCCCGUUCAGGACUUGUGCUGAUGCUAUUCGAAAGUAUUACGGUGAUCGCGAGGAUGAGACGGUUGCUGCACACAGGAGAACUGUCAUCAAUGAGUGGAAGAGAGAAAUGGGUGCACCAUUCAUUGAAAUGGUCGGAUUUGAAAAGAUUCACCAAAAACAAAAAUUCGAUCGUCUCCUAGAGGUUUGCGUGCACGACCAGAAUGUUGCUAAAGCGGGCGACGUGGCCUCGUUGUGCCCAAACGUUCGCAGCAUCGACGUGUCCAGGAAUCUGUUCUCAAACUGGCGUGAAGUCAUACAGCUGGGGGCACAAUUGCCGGACCUAAGGGAGUUGGAUGUUAGCAAGAACCGGAUGGCCAUAGACAUGCCACAGGAAACUCUCACUCAGCUCUCCGUCAACUUUGCAAACCUUGAGAAAUUGAAUAUAUCUGUUUGUGAUUAUGAAUGGUCAGACCUGUUAGCAUUAUCACAUCUCUGGCCAAAAGUAAACGAAAUCAUCGCUGCAUACAACAGAAUUAAAACUAUAACUCCACCAACAAUAACUUUGAGAACGUUGACAAUAUUAAGGCUCGAUGGUAACCCUUUGGACUCGUGGUACGAAGUGAUGAAUCUUGGCAGAUUAAAAAAUUUGAAAACGCUCAGUUUGAACGACUGUUUCAUUGAAGAGAUAAGAUUCAACGACGACCCGCACUGCAAGAUUGACUUUUUUGAAAAUUUGGAAGUUUUGUUUUUGAAUAGGAACAGAAUUAAGGAUUGGCGCUCAAUAAGUGAAUUGGACAAACUAAAGAAUCUGAAGAAAUUGUACUUCUUAAAAAAUCCCGUACAGGACACCGAGGACUACGACACUGGAUCACAACUCAUUAUAGCUAAAAUCGGAACAUUGCAAGAGCUGAACGGAUCGUGCGUGACGCGCGAGGCGCGCCGCGGGGCCGAGUACGACUACAUGAAGCGCCACGGGGCCGAGUACAAGCGCGCGCAACUACGCGAUGACACCAAACGCCACUUCACCGCGGAGCACUGCAGAUUCGAUCUACUCGUACACAAAUACGGCUUGCCCGACGACAGCUUACUCGAGAAGCAAACUAAAAAAAUGACUCUCACAUCUCAACUGCUCGAAAUCACACUGCGCGACGAAAACGGGAAAGCGUUCAAGAAAAAAUUCCCAUCCACCAUGGCUGUGCAAAAACUGGUCACACUCGCCCAAAGGCUGUUCUCCAAAACUGGCAACACUGGCACACCCAAACUGUACCUGUUAGACGAUCAAAUGAAAGGUGCAGAGAUACACCUCGACAACGUUAUGAAGGAUCUCGCUUAUUAUUCUGUUAAAUCUGGCGACAUAAUCGUGGUCCGAUUCAGAUAAUCUGAUGUUUAAAUAGAAGAAUGGAGACAUAAGUUGGUUUGCAUUUUGAUGACGAUUAAUUUUUAUGGUUAUUAGGAAUCUAAAGACGUAUCUAUCACACUAUUGAAGCUGAAAUUGCCUAUUGUUUUCUUGGCUUUGUGAUAAUGUUUAAAAAACAGUGUUGCCAUUAAAAAAACGAAUAAAAUGUGCAAUGAUAUUACAAUAAAAAAAGGUAGAUAAGCAUACCAGUACUAAUACGAUAUCAAAUAAAUAUAAGGCAGAGCGUAGGCACUAAAGUCGAAUUAUCCGUUCUGUUGCUUACAUAAUCUUUGACAGACCUUUUUCACAAUUUGUAACCGGAGUAAGACUUAUUUAUGUUUCUGAUUAAAACGCAAAUCAAUAAAAAAAUAAAUAUUACGAAUGAAAUGUGACCCCUCGGUCUUUAGGCGACUUAUGUUGUUUCUACAGUUUCGCAUAACAAAGGACGGCAAUUUUAAAAUGAUUAUGGUAUAGAAACGCAUACAAUAAACGCUUUCGCCAGAGUAUGCGCUCAGGUAUGCUAAUUAGCAUAGUUUUAAGGUGACACUUUUUGAAUUCAAGUAACAUAUCUACCCUUUUUACUGUAAUAUCAUUGAAAAUGUGC